AUGAGGCUUGUUGCUCAACCUGGUGAUAAUCUUUACUGUCAUCUGUCUGUGAACACUCAACUGUUGGCUCGGUUUAACCACUUGCUAGAAGUGGGAAAGAAUAACUUCAGGCCUCCUCCUAAGGUUGACUCUUCAGUCCUCAGGAUUGAACCAAGGAAACUGCUUCCUCCGGUGAUACAGAAAUGGCCGUGUGUGUCACUGCUUUGGGAGACUCUCGGGGACCUGAGCUUGGACCCCGACGAAGGGAAAGAUGAGGAUAUGGAGAUGGACGAAGGGGAUACAAAAGCUUCUGAUUAUAAAGAUAGAGUUUUAGGUGUGUUAAAUCAAGGAGGUUUUGAAGAAAAAAGAUCUUCCAAACUCACACAAGAAGAUUUUAUGCACUUACUCUCGUUGUUUAACAAGGCUGGUAUUCAUUUUCCUUAG